AUGAAUUUAUCAUAUUGUAAUAAUAAUAAUAACAAUAAUAAUAGUAAUAAUAAUAAUAUUGAUGAUAAUAUAAAUAAAUUAAAUUUAAAUAAUGAUAAUAUUAUAAAUAUUUUAUAUAAUAAUUCUGAAUCAUCUGAUAAAAUAUCAUCAUCUGAUAUUAAUAAUAUAUUAACACCAAUAUAUAAUAUUAAUAUUUCUUAUGAUAAUAAUAAUAAUGAUAAUGAUUAUAAUAAUGAUGAUACAAAUGGUAUACAAGUAAAUGUAAGACCAAUAUUACCAAGACGACAAUUGGAGGUACCAAGAUUUAGUCCAAUAACUGCAUGGCGUAUGUUAAGUGAUGUACAAAGACUAUUUUUAUUAAAUACAUCAAAAUCACAAUUAAAUAAUAAUAAUAAUAAUAAAAUAUCAAUGGAUUAUCAACAACAACAAGCACAAGAUCAACAAUUAGAAUCAAAUAAUUUAUUAAAUCAUAACAACAAUUAUUAUUAUUAUAAUGAUAAUAAUUACGAUAAUAAAAAUAAUAAUAUAUUAAAUAAAUCAUCUGGUAUUACUGAAGAAAAAAUUCAACGUAUAUUUCAUUUACCCCAGCCAAUGUUUUCUGAUAAUAAAAGUGGUGAUAGUGGUAUAUCAGCUGAUGAUAUCAAUAAUAUACAAUUAAUAAAUGAAAUUAAUAAUAAAAAUUGUAAUAUUAAUAAUGAAAUUUAUAUUGAUAAUAAUGAUAAUAAUUUAAAUAAUAAUAAUAAUAUUGAUGAAAAUUUUAUUGAUUUAAAUAUUAAUCAAGAAAUCAAUAAUAGUAUUAAAAAUAAUAGCGAUGAUGAUGACGAUGCUGAAAAUGAUGGCAAUGAUAUAGAUAAUAUUGAUGGUAAUGAUGAUAAUGAAGAUUAUAGUGGUAAUGGUUUAAAUUAUAAUAAUUAUGAUGAUGAUGAUGACGAUGAUGAUGAUGAUGAUGAUAAUAAUUCAUAUAAAACAAAAAAUAGUCUAAUAAACUCCUUUUAUUCACGUGAAUUGGAUAUAUCAAAAGCUUUAAAAAAUGGUAACAAAGAUAUUUUAAUGCAAAGACAUGCUAAUAAUCAUCGUUUCAAAUAUCAGAGUACUGUAAGACAAAUCGAAAGGAAAAAAUUAGCUGAACGUUUAUCACGUGAAGCUGAAGAAAGGGAAGCAUUACGUAAAGUUGAAUCUGAAGUAAUUAGUAGAGUUGAAGAAGAAUUUCAAAGGAAACGUGCUAAAGAAAAAUUUGAUAUACGUCAACGUUUACGUUUAUUUUCAUUUGAUAAUAGUUCUUCUAUAAAUCAACAAUGUUAUAGUCUACCGAUUGAUUUAACAACAAACGACGAUAAUGAUAAUAAUGAUAUUUUUCUUGAUGAUUCCGAUCAAAAAAAUAUUUUAAAUCAUAGAACAAAAUCAUUAAAAUCAUCAUCGUUAUUAUUACAAUCACCAAUAAUGACAUCAUCAGGUUCAUCAUUAUUAACAUCAAAAAAAUCAUUAAAAUCUAAAAUCCAAUCACCAUCACCAUCAUCAUUAUCAUCAGCAUCAACAACAUCAUCAGCUUUACCAAUAGCAUCAAAUAAAUUAAAAACGAAAAAAUCUACAUUAAAUAAUAAUAAUUAUGAUAUAACAAAUGUAAAGGAUAUUAAUAGUAAUAAUAAUCAAGAAAAUGAUCAUAAUAAUUUAUUACAUCAUCAACAACAUCAAUCAAUUAAUCCAUUAAGACCAAUAAAAUCGAGGCAACUUAUGGAUUAUCAACGAAAUUGCAAUGAUGAAAUCAAAGAAAAGGAACAUUAUAUUAUACCAAAAAUAAGAAAUAAACAAUUAUAAUAUUAGUAUUAUUAAUGAAAUAUGUAUAUAUAAUAAUAAUAAUAACAAGCGUAUAACAAUAUAUAAUAGCAUCAAUAAAACCAGGACCAAAAAAUAAUAGUGAAGAAGAAUAAAAGAAAACUCAAUUUUAGAAAAUUUUAUCGGAGCCAGAUAUAGAGAUUCAUUAUAUCGUUACACCAAUUAAUGGAUUAAAAUUAUAAACUUUAGAAUCAUAUAAUAAAAUUAUAUGUGGUAUAACCAAAAUGACCGCAUUGGACCUCUUCAUAUAAAAUGACAAUUCGAAAACUUAACAAACUUAUAUUUAACUACUUCUGAAGCUGCUUUUAGUUGAAUUCGUUUAUUGCAUUAUAAAUAUUUGAUAUUGAUAUAAUUACUGAAUGUAAAUUAUACUCCCGACCUGGUGUGUUUAUUUUUGUUAGUACUUUACACAAUUUGAUUGAAUUCAUAAAUAAAGUCUAAAAGUAUUUAUAUAUGUA